AUGGCCUUGGACGCCAGAUCCGUGCCGGCGGUGUCCGUCCCCGACCUCGACGUCGGCAUGGCGACCAGGCGGUCGUCGUGGUCCGAGAACAGCGCCGACGACGGGUCGUCGUCCGCGGCGGCAGCAGCGUCGUCCGUCGAUGUGCCGGUGCUGUGGUGGAGCGACGAGAGGAGGAUGAAGCGGGAGCUGCUGGCGUGGGCCAAGGCCGUUGUAAACAUGGCCAUUAGCGAAUCGAUGCAGCGCUGA